AUGGCAGACGACACUUGUUCAUCGAUACCCAGCACUCGUGAACCUGAGGUUGAGCUCAUGUCCCGAUUCCGGUUAAAACAACGACGAGUCGACCAAACCGACAUUGAAAAGAAGUUGCUACUCUACAGCUAUGUCCCCAUUGAGAAAUUGGCAGAACAUGUGGCCCAAUGGCGAUCCAUCUAUGUGACCAAGAAGCCGAGCGAUCAGUGGGCAACUAUUGGCAUAGUCGAUCGAUGUAUUACACGCAAGCAGUAUAUGGUGGUACGAUUGACGGAUAUGCGCGGCAUGCAUGCACACCUAUUUAUCACCGGCAAAGCGUUUGAUGCGUUAUACGACAAGAUCAACAAAGCAACAGUACUCGGGAUCUUUGAACCCUCCAUUGUUUGGUCAUCAGAAAUGCGUGCGGAUGUGGCAAUUCAAGCGUCUCAAACAAAGCAGCUGCUGGUCAUUGGUACGAGCUACGACCUUGUUCAAUGCAUACAACAUAUAAGUCUUGAGAAACAAUGCGAGAACAUGGUGGAUGGCCGAUCAGGCAAUUAUUGUGAUCGACAUCUCGAACGGCUUUGCAAAAGAUCCAAAAACACACGCAUGGAGCUGGCAUCAGGGGAUAGUGCAUUGGAAAUUCGAUGGGCUCGGGUAUCAAAGACACCACAAGGCGAUGUAUAUGAAUCAGCUUCACGAACGCAAAGCAACACCACGGCCAAAAAGAAGGAGUUCACAUAUACCAUCAAAGGGCUGGGAUCAAUCACGUCAGAUGGUGUUCAUUUACAAACCAACAAGAUCAAAUCCAAAGAGGAUAUGGCAGCAAAGAAAAAGGAGUUAACUGAGUUUCUGCGAGGACGCACGGACCCAGGGGCGGAAAUGUUACGAUUGGUUAAUGGAAUACAAGAUGAUCGGCCCAAAUCACCUGCCUUAUCCAAGGAUGCUAUGAUGAAGAUGGGAUUGAGCACGCGACAGGUUUUGACAAAAGAGGAAGCAGCUGCAAAGAAACGAUCCAUCGAUGCGCUAUUGAAGACUACUGCUAACAAGGAGGAGGAUCCCCAAAAGAAGCAACGCUAUGUGUACCUCUAG